AUGAUCUUGCAAAUCAUUUACACCAUAUCGGCAGCUGUGCUGCUCAUUCCAUUGACGUUUCAUGUUCGCGAAUGGUGGUCGAGAUGUCGGUUCUCGAAAAGGCACGGCUGCCAGCCUCUGAGCCGACUCAAAACGCUCGAUCCCGUGUUUGGACUUGAUCAUUUGCUCGAAAUCAAAGAAGCAGCCGCCAAUCACCGUGUGUUGGAAUGUUGGCACAAACGUCACUUUGUCGAAUAUGGACAUACUUUCCAGAUGAACCUGGUGGGCAACGACAUCAUCAUGACGCGAGAGCCAGAGAAUAUACAGGCCAUUCUAGCGACCAAGUUUCACGACUUUGAGAUUGGAGAGCGCCGCAGAAUUAUAUCCAAAAAGUUUGCGGGGGUAGGAUUCCUCAACGCCGACGGACAUGUCUGGCAACUUGCACGCGCCUUGGCAAGGCCAGGUUUCAUGAAGAGCCAAAUCAACCUCGACAUGUUUGAGAAACAUUUGAAUGUCUGGUUCUGCUCUCUCCCAAACUCGAGUUCACCCGUCGAUUUUCAGCAAUGGGCGUUUCGAUAUACCCUAGAUGUCGCCUCCGACUUCCUUUUUGGAAGCAGCCCUGGAAUUCUUAGUGCAGGGGCUACGGAAACUGCUCGCAAGUUUGCAUGGGCCUUUGAUGUUGGAACCGAGGGCAUCGCGCAGCGAAUUCGGCUGGGGAAACUGGCGUGGCUCUAUCGAAACUCGGAAGAAAACGAGGCUUGCCAGAUCGUCCACGACUACAUAGACGCCAUGGUAUCUGUUGCUGUGGCAGCAAGGUCAACUUGUCCACAAGAACACGAGGGCGAUGGUGGCUCAUUUCUUCACGCCCUUGUCAACACAGGCAUGACGCAGGAGGAGAUUCGGUUUCAAAUGUUGAGUCUGUUGCUUGGUGGCCGCGACACCACAGCCUGUCUCAUGAGCGCGGCCAUGUGGGAAAUAUCACGGCGACCAAACGUGCAGGCCCGACUGCGCCAGGAGAUGUCUAAAAUUUCAGGGAUGCGUCCAAGCAUCAAGGACCUCAAGGAAAUGACGUACCUGACGUGGGUGCUUCGUGAGACGCUCCGGCUCUACCCACCAGUUCCCAUGAACUCCCGCCGCGCUGCAAGAGACACCUGUCUGCCGCGCGGAGGAGGGCCCGACGGAUCCCAUCCCAUCUUUGUCAGGAAAGGCCAGGAGGUCAUGUACCAAGUCUGGUCCAUGCAUCGCCGCACAGACUUGUGGGGAGAAGAUGCGGAUGACUUUAACCCCGAUCGAUGGGCCACGGCGCGCCAGCAUUUCAAUUUCCUCCCGUUCAACGCAGGGCCGAGAAUUUGCUUGGGUCAGCAGUUUGCCUAUGCUGAAGCGGGCUACGUGCUCGUGCGCUUCUUGCAAGAAUAUUCACGUAUCGAGGGCGUCGACACGCAGCAGCCAUGGACCGAGAAACUAGGCUUGACUUGCUGCAUACUCCAAGGUGUCCAGGUAAAGCUUUUGAGGGCAUAG